CUCCGGAGAUCUCCAUGGUGAGGGGAAGCAAAAGAAAGAAGGGGCUUUGCCACCUCUUGUCCAGGGCAAGAAAGUGAGGUUUGCUGAAGUGCCAACGUACAUCAGACGCUUCAGCGUUGCAAGUACUGCUGGACAAAGCUCAAGAAGCAGAAGAAGCUUACAGCAGGAGAGCUUUUCGUCCAGUCCGCUGCCAGCGAUCCUGAGAACGUCUGAAGCCCGCGAGCAGCCGGUGACCUGGCAGCCGCAGGGCCAGGCAGGAAACGAAGGCCAAGAACACCUGGGCCAAACAACGGGAAAAAAACAUGUCCGGUUCCGCGGAGAUGAACAAGGAGCGGGAGAGGACCGUGAGGCUGGAGCGGCGGCCAUGUGGAAAGCAAAGGCCUCGCACCCUCAGGUUGCCGGGAGGCAGGUGGCAUCUCGCAUCAAAGACAGGAGAUGUUCAUUAAGAGCUGAGUCCAGCCUGUCCAGGGAUACCAAAGGCCAUGCAUUCCGGCCGCCGUUACUGCAUCGUGACUCUGUGAAACUACUCAGGCAGAGGCAGAUGGCCAAGAAGGACAGGCCGGCGCAGGCAGAACCUCAGGAGACGGCGGCAUCACCGUCUCACCAUGAGUGCAGCCUGCCUGAGGAGCCCUCCACCUGCAGAUCUGGUUUGCUGCCACCCACACGCAACAGACCAGAGUCUCCCAGGAGUCCGCCUCCAAGGACCACAGCCCCGCGCCGCAGGCCGCCAACACCCUACCCGUUUCUGCCACGUGACUCUGUCAAACUACUCAGGCAGAGGCAGAUGGCCACGAAGGACAGGCCGGCACAGGCAGAACCUCAGGAGACGGCGGCAUCACCGUCUCACCGUGAGUGCAGCCUGCCUGAGGAGCCCUCCACCAGCCGAUCUGGUUUGCUGCCACCCAUACGCAACAGACCAGAGUCUCCCAGGAGUCCGCCUCCAAAGUCCAAAGCCCCGCGCCGCAGGCCGCCAACACCCUACCCACGCUGAGCAGGGCAUGGGGUGCCCGGGACAGACAGAGCUGCCCCUGAGCCUGCAAAACUCCAUCUGCACCAUUCCUGGGUGCCAGCUCCCUGUAGAAAAGCAGAGGUAGAGGGACAGUGGGGACUGGGCUGGAUUCAAGAAAGAACAUUCACGCUAGAAGCUGCGGAACAAGAUAGAUAAACGGCAUGAGAAAGGAAUGCUGAGAACAAAGGACGCCUCCAGGAGACAAAAACAAGAGUCAUGCGAGAAGCACGAUCACCGCAUGAUAACGACCCCGGGUGGAGGAAGAGCACGUGGCUACGAACAACUCGUGACACCGAUGGAUAAGCUCCUGCAUGCACGCUUAAGGAGUCGACCAGGGGUGACUGUGUCAAAUGAUUUUUUGACAUGGAAAGGGGGGUGGGAAAAUGGGAAAGAGAGAACUUGGGGAUGUUUGAACCUGCAAUAAACAAUUUGGAUCAUUCA